ACAUGCAUAGAAACUGAGACCACUACUAUAGCGGAUACCACUACGAAUACUAUUGAUGUCACGAAGACAUGCACUGUAACGGACACUAUUGAUGUCACGAAGACAUGCACUGUGACGGACACUGUAGAUGUCACGAAGACAUGCACUGUGACGGACACUGUUGAUGUCACAAAAACAUGCACCGUAAAGGACACUAUUGAUGUCACAAAAACAUGCACCGUAACGGACACUAUUGAUGUCACGAAGACGUGCGUCGAAACUGACACCACCACGAGUACUAUUGAUGUCACGAAGACAUACGUCGAAACUGACACCACUACUGUAAUGGAUACCACCACGAGUACUAUUGAUGUCACGAAGACAUGUGCUGUGACGGACACCACCACGAGUACUAUUGAUGUUACGAAGACAUGUACUGUGACGGACACUAUUGAU